CAUCCCUGCACUGAUCCUUCAGGUCAAAGAGAAGAGAAACGAUGGGUAAAAUUAAUGGGUUCCUCAAGUGGGUUUUUAUCAUUUUCAACAUCCUAUUUUUGAUCCUCGGAUGUGCAAUGAUAGCUGUGGCGGCGAUGGUCACUGCUUCCCCAAUCCUGACGUCAGAAUUUGGAGGUCCGGGAGUGGGCUGGCUCUGGGUGAUUACCAUCGGGAUCUUUGGCAUCUCCUCUCUGGGAAUCUAUGCUGCCUGCUCUGAGAAGAGCCUUUUCCUCAGCAUCUUUGCAGGUUUUAUCGGGGUUGGAAUGAUCAUCAUGCUGAUCUUGGGAAUAGUUGCGGCUGUUAUAAGAGACACGGUGAAAAAACAGGUUGAGCAAGACGACAAAGAAAUUGCUGACGUCUUCAUGAAAAGAAAUAUCACAAGGGCCGGGCUCGAGAUUCUACAACAAAGUGCUCAUUGCUGUGGAGUGAUCAGUGCUGAUGACUGGGGUACAAAAAUACCCCCAAGCUGCGAAUGCACUAAUGCAGACGGAAAGCCUACGUGUAAAGCCAGGCCCGCGGGAUCCACUGGACCAAAUCAAAUCUAUGCCAAGCCUUGCAAGGAUAUCAUCUUUAGAGAAUUUAACUAUCACUUCAAGAUUGUCAUAGGCAUCCUUUUUGGAUUUGGUGUCAUUGCAGUGAGUCCCAACAAUACUCUCCUUUAUGUUUCCAUUGCUUAUUAGCAUAUGACUGUACAGUAAAACUUUAAAAUCCCUUAUUAAAUCCUGUAAUUUCCAUGUUAAGCUGUAGGUCACCCUGCUACCAACAGAUGGCAAAGUUUUACCAUUUAUAAGGAUUUAAAAAAAAAAAAAAUUAUG